GGCCUUCAGCUCUUUGAGUGCAGCAAACUCCAGCCGUUAUAAACGGAAAAGGUCCGAACCGCAGCCGGUCGACCGGCGCCCUGUCGGCCACGGGUCUUGCUGUUGCGGGCUAGACCGACUUCCCCCGAUUCCCGAAUCCGAUUCCUCUCGCCCCCUCCUCCGUCGAUCUCAUCAUUCUCUCUCUCUCUCGCCCCCCCUCCUCCGUUCCUCUCUUCCCUUUCUCCCCUCCGGCCGGCGAUCUCCUUCUCUCCGUUCUCUCUCCUCGUCUCCUGCGGCGGUCAAGAACUCCGCUAUCAUCAUCUCGGCACGGGCAUCUCGGCCUCCGGGCGUUUGAUUUCCGACGAAAUUGAAUCUUCGGAUACAGUGGUGUAUGAAGACGAUUUUGACAUUGUUUUUAUGGAAAUCUUUCUUGGAUUUUGAAAGUUAGUGCUAAGUACAAACUUUCUUAAGGCAACAAGGACGACAAAGAAAUGUUCUCGUUGUUCUAUGGACUUUGGAAAUAUCUCUUCAGCAAGACAGAGUUCCAUGUUCUUAUUCUUGGAAUUGACAAAGCUGGAAAAACUACUUUGUUGGAGAAGUUGAAGUCAUUGUAUUCAAACUUGGAAGGGCUCCCACCUGACCGGAUUGUUCCAACAGUUGGAUUGAACAUUGGUCGUAUUGAAGCUUCAAAUGCAAAACUUGUGUUUUGGGACUUAGGAGGUCAGGUUGGUCUGCGAACAAUCUGGGAAAAAUAUUAUGAGGAGGCACAUGCUAUAAUCUAUGUUAUUGAUGCUGCUUGUCCAUCAUCAUUUGAACAUUCCAAGUCUGCAUUAGAAAAAGUACUUCGACAUGAGGAUUUACGAGGGGCACCACUUCUGAUAUUAGCCAACAAGCAGUGGCAGGAUCUUCCUGGAGCUGUGUCUGUUGAAGAACUGGCAAGGUAUUUGGAUCUCAAAGAGUUGGAUGAAAGGCUGUACAUGUUUCAAGCUGUAUCUGCAUAUGAUGGGACGGGGGUUAAAUUUGCUAUCGAGUGGUUAGUGGAGGUCAUGGAAAGAAGUAAACGUACUGAGGUGUUAAGAAUACGUACGGGUGGUGCAGGGCAUGUAUAGCAACAUCCUUGCCUCAAUUUAUGUCAGAAAUCGUCCUAAUUGAAGCAUUUGCUGUGGAGAUAGUUUGUACUAGUUCGGAGAUGUAAUUUAUGUGAUCUCAGGCUGCACUCAGUUGGCUUCAUUUUGAUGUCCUGGUUGAUAAAUUUACAAUAACCAAUACAGUUUCAGCAUUAUCUUGUGUAGCCUGAUGUGUCUGAUGUGAAGAUGAUUCUCAGAUCAUUUUGCCACUUGGCAUGUAUUUUGUUUGGCCUUGUUAUAUAUCAGCUUACUGAAUAGCAUCAAAUACAUUAUAAAGCCAAUAGGAAUUCCAAGUUGCUUUAAAGGCCUUUUGAAGGAUAUGAGGUCUUUAGUUUUCAUGUAAGAUUUACUUUCUAUAAAUUAGGUUGCUCAACUUUUUUCUUCA